AUGAUCAAGGAUGUAGGGUUUCAGGUGAUUGUGGUGAGAAGAUAUGAUCGUCGCGAUAUGAAGAAAUUAUCACAGCUGGUAAACUCGUGCAGCGUGCUUCUCGGUGUCCACGGCGCCAGCCUCACCAACGGUGUUUUCUUGCCUAUGGGUGCCGUCGUUAUCCCAAUAGAACCACUCGACUUGGAGUACUUUUUUAACGCUAUAUUCGGUGACAAUGCGCUUGCAAUGGGGAUGCAAUACUUGCGUUACAAGAUUGAAGAUAAUGAGAGUUCGCUGCUCAAAGUAUUCGGCCGCAAUAGUUCAGUCAUAACUGAUACAAGCUCAGUGUACAGACACCAUGGGACCAUGGCUUCAAGAGAUGUGUUUUUUGUACAGCAAAAUGUGAAGCUCAAUCUUGCUCGAUUUAGGGAGAACGUAGUCAAAGCGCUUAGUAUUGAAACGGAUUCGACUACCCAAAUCUAG